AUGUCUGCCGCACCGUCCACGUCUGCCGCACCGUCCAUGGCAUAUAUUGGACCCUCCUCCUUUCAGCUUUCUGAUGACGAGUUGGAAGAUGAGGUGUACGUUGAAGUUCUGCCACCAGAACAAUCUCUACCUGCUACUUUCCCUUUCAAUGAACUAUCUGGCCCCAAACAUAUGCCUCCUCCUGAUUCUCAUCCUGUAGAGUAUUUUCACCUUUUUUUCACUUUUACUUUGCUUUCUCUUAUGGUGACAGAAACUAAUAGGUAUGCCAAGCAAGUCAUAAAUGGCUAUGGGGGAAAUGUUCCCAAAUAUCUGAAGAUCUGGAAACCAGUCACUGUUAAAGAUAUAAAGGGGUUUUUGGCUAUUAUUUUUGCAAUGGGAAUUGACAGACGACCUAAACUAGCGGAUUACUGGUCCAAUCUUCCUCCGUACGUAUCUAAGUGGUACGCGGAAAUUUGUAGUAGGAACCGCUUUUAUCACUUGCUUCGAUUCUUCCAUCUCGUAGAUAAUAGUAAGUUGCCUGGCCCAAAGGAAUUAGGUUAUAGUCCCUCUGCAAGAUACCAACCUUUGGAGGAUCACGCGAACAAGGUGUUCAGACAUCACUAUACCCCACAUCGUGAAAUAUGCGUCGAUGAAUCACUAGUAGGAACCAAGUGCCAUAAUCCGAACAUUCAGUAUCUUCCCGAGAAAAAACAUCACAAGUGGGGAAUCAAACUUUGGAUGCUGUGCGACUCUGUUUCGCACUAUUGCCUGGGCUUCUUCACUUACAAAGGGGCCAAGUCCCAGGCAGAGAAGAACAAUAUCUCAAAGUUUGGUUUGGGAUAUACUGUUGUUCGGCAAUUAGUGAAACUUGGUAACUAUGAUAACAAAGGUUAUCACGUGUUUAUUGACAAUUAUUUCACGUCUGUACCCCUUGUUCGUGGCCUAUAUUCCCGCGGAACUUACUGCACUGGGACAGUGCGAGCACUCAGAAAACAAUUACCUCUUGGCUUCAACGAAAGAUUCGCAGUAGGCCAGAUCAAGUAUUUCAGGUCUGGCCCCAUAUUGGCGUGUGGGUUCAGGGAACACGAGAAUAAUCCACAACCGGUACGUCUUUUAUCCAGCCACGAAGGGGCUCGCGACACCAAAAUUGUUAAGAGACACGGAGUGGAGAAAUUAAAACCACAAAUAGUUUUAUCAUAUAACAAGUUCAUGGGGGGGGUCGAUACUCACGAUAUGAUGCUAUACACGUAUUUGGAUGAAAGGCGGACCAGGAAAUGUUGGAGAAAAGUGGCUUUCAAUAUCAUGGCCAGGAUGAUGUUGAAUGCAUAUAUUCUUUACAAAGAAAAGUCUGGAAGUCGGAUGACCCACCAACGCUUCAUCCAAGAGGUAAUUGAAAGCCUGAAAAAAGAAUCAAAGGAGGAGAGCGUGCCUAUAUGCCACACACCCCCAGAUCCCAGAGGACCACCAGGACUCCGAAAAUUGCCUGGUAGGCAUCAAUUCNUUAAUUCAAUAUCUCCAUAUUCAACUGUUUACGAAGAAUAA